AUGACUAAUUCUUUGUCGAUAACCCCGAACGAUUCGAAGGAUGGUGUCCAGCCCCGAGUGAGCCAUGGUACUGGCGUGGAUGAAGGCAUCGGCAACCUCACCUUUGACCAGUACACGACCGGAGGCUUGGGACGCCAUCUUGGUGUCGUUAGCACAACGUUUCUAAUUGUCGGUCGCAUCAUUGGUACAGGUAUCUUCUCGACGCCUUCCGCCAUCGUCGCCGGUGUUGGCAGCGUGGGCGCAUCGCUCAUGCUCUGGGUUCUGGGUCUUUUGAUCUCCAUAUGCGGUCUUUGCGUGUGGCUGGAGUUUGCCUGCAUGAUUCCGCGCAGCGGCGGCGAAAAGGUCUACCUCGAGGCAGCCUACAGACGACCCAAGAUGCUGAUGACGUCUGUCUUUGCCGUCCAGGCUAUUGCGCUGGGAUUCACAGCAUCGGGAUGCAUCAUCUUUGCGUCUAACAUUGUCAUUGCGGCCGGUCGUGUCGCGAGCGAAUGGGAGAAACGAGGCAUUGCCAUUGGCGUCAUCGUCUUUGUCACGGUCAUCCAUACCUUUUUUCCCAAAGUCGGCGUGCACGGCAUGAACUUUUUCACCGUUCUCAAGAUUGUCCUGCUGCUCUUUAUCGUCGUGACCGGAUGGGUGGUGCUCGGCGGCGGCGUGUCCAAUGUCCACAAUCCCCACGCCAGCUUUCGAGACGCCUUUGCAAACUCGGCGCAAUCUGGAAACCCUUAUGCAACGGCCCUUUUUAAAGUGUUAAAUUCUUAUGCUGGAUGGUCAAAUGCAAUGUAUGUCCUCAACGAAGUCAAGAAUCCCGUUCGAACAAUCAAGAUUGCAGGACCUCUUGGGCUUUCCCUCUGCGGUGUGCUAUAUCUCCUUGCCAACGUCGCAUACUUUUCCGCCGCGACACCUCAGGAAAUCGCUAAGAGCGGCACCACGGUCGCCGCCUACUUCAUGGGCAAAGUCUUUGGCGUUGCGGCCAAGCGCGCGCUGAGCGUCCUCGUCGCCUUGUCCGCCCUGGGCAACGUCAUGACGGUUACUUUUGCGCAGGCGCGCGUUAAUCAGGAACUGGCCAAAGAAGGUGUGAUCCCGGUUCCUCGCUUCUGGGCUUCCAAUUGGCCAUUUGGCUCUCCCUCAGCUGGGCUGAUCCUCCACUUUAUCCCUUCUUUCAUUGUCAUUGUCGCCAUUCCAUUCGGAAAUGCUUACAACUUUAUUCUGGACCUUGAGGGAUACCCUGGAUCUGUCAUCAAUUUUCUCGUCGUCGCGGGCCUGUUCUAUCUUCGGCACAGCGAGCCGGACACACCCCGCCCUUUCAAGGUGUGGUGGCCGAUUGCCGUCUUCUAUAUGCUCGGCCAGGCAUUUCAGCUGGUGGCACCGUUUCUUCGCCCCCCGGGUGGCAAGGGAGACACACCGCCGCUGCCAUACUGGCUGUACUGCGUGGUGGGAAUCGCCGUCUUGCUUGCGUCCGUGGUGUACUGGUUUGUGUGGUGGGUGGCCGCGCCAAAGAUUGGCAAGUAUAAGCUGGUACCGCAAAAUGAGCCUUUGGCGGAUGGUACCAACGUUAUUGUUUACCAUCGUGUGUCUAAGAAAUUUGAAGAUCCAUGA